CCGACGGAUCUGAAGCCACUCGCACCGUUCCUCCAGCGCGCGCAUGAGACGCGGACCGCAGACCCGGCCCUUUCGUACUGGUGCAAUUACCACGCUGCGCAGCUCGGCAUCCCCCUCCUCAACUCGCUCGCGCCCGACUCGAAGGUGUUUCUCAUCACUCUCAUGGACACGCUCGAGGCGCAGAAGAAGAGCCUGGCGGGAAACGACGUCGUCAAUGGGGACGACAUCGUGGCCAAGGCAUACGUCGAAAAUGUCGCGCUCAAGGUCUUUGGGGGUGCAGACGACGAGGACAGAAGGGGCAAGGCGUCCAAG